GUUGCUGAUGCAAUCAUCAGCCCCGGACAGCAGGAGGGAGCAGGACCGGGAGCCUGCACGCUCCGUCCGGCAUCACUCACUCCUUCAGUCGUACUUACUGAGCGCCCACCGCGUGCAGGGCACUGGACUAAGCGCUCGGGAAGUGCAAAAUCGGCUACAUUUACAGGCGGUCCCCAGCCACGCUGCUCCGACUGAAGGUCAACCUGCACCUCCUUCUUCCUCCUCCUCCUCCUCCCCUUCUGUCAGCAUCCCCUUCCCUCCCAGCAUCGGCGGCGGACAAUACCUCCUCGGGGGUCUUUUUUUAUUUUUUUAUUUUUAUUUUUAAUUCUGCAGCAUUAAAAGAGAUCAGAUUAAGAGAUCAGAAGGCUCUGCGUCUUCUUCGCAGCCACUCCCAGGCGGCCUCAGCUUUUCACAAAGGACAUCAGGCUGGGGGAAGAGAAGAGGGGAUGUGGAGGACACCUUGAAGGCCCUUUUUUUCCUCGCAUCUUCGCCUUUUAUUCGCCAAGGUAUAUCAAGCGCUUAGGAUUGGUGCCCUCCUGUGAUAAAUACAGGCUAUAACAAUCCCUAAAAUUUUGAGGAAAACUUUGGAAACAUACUCUUCCAAAACCAUGAUGCAUUUUAAAAGUGGACUGGAAUUAACCGAGUUGCAGAAUAUGACUGUUCCGGAAGACGAUAAUGUCAGUAAUGACUCCAAUGAUUUUACUGAAGUUGAAAAUGGACAAAUAAAUAGCAAGUUUAUUUCAGAUCGUGAGAGUAGAAGAAGUCUGACCAACAGUCACUUGGAAAAAAAGAAAUGUGAUGAAUAUAUUCCAGGAACCACCUCAUUAGGGAUGUCUGUUUUUAAUCUAAGCAAUGCUAUCAUGGGCAGUGGAAUUUUAGGACUUGCCUUCGCAUUAGCAAACACAGGAAUACUGCUCUUUUUGAUACUUUUAACUUCAGUGACUCUGCUGUCCAUUUACUCAAUAAAUCUCCUCUUGAUAUGUUCAAAAGAAACAGGCUGUAUGGUUUAUGAAAAGCUUGGAGAGCAAGUCUUUGGCACCCCGGGAAAACUGGUUAUAUUUGGAGCCACUUCUCUUCAGAACAUUGGAGCAAUGCUGAGCUACCUCUUCAUAGUCAAAAAUGAACUGCCCUCUGCUAUAAAAUUUCUUAUGGGAAAAGAAGAGACAUUUUCGGCAUGGUAUGUGGAUGGACGAAUCCUUGUGGUGGGAGUGACAUUUUGUAUCAUUCUCCCUUUGUGUCUCCUUAAGAAUUUAGGAUACCUUGGAUAUACAAGUGGAUUUUCCCUGAGCUGCAUGGUUUUUUUUCUCAUAGUGGUUAUCUACAAGAAAUUUGAAAUCAAGUGUAUUUCAAUGUACACAAAUUCAACAUCAAAUGCCAGCGCAACGUACGAUGACUCAUGUACGCCGAAGUACGUCACCUUUAACUCCAAGACGGUCUACGCUUUACCCACCAUUGCAUUUGCAUUUGUCUGCCACCCAUCAGUGCUUCCGAUUUAUAGUGAACUGAAAGAUCGUUCACAGAAGAAAAUGCAGAUGGUUUCCAAUAUUUCCUUUUUCGCUAUGUUUGUUAUGUACUUCAUGACUGCAAUUUUUGGCUAUUUGACUUUCUAUGACAAUGUGCACUCAGAUCUGCUUCACAAGUACCAGAGUAAAGAUGACGUUCUCAUCCUGACAGUUCGCUUGGCUGUCAUCGUUGCAGUCAUUCUCACAGUUCCAGUGCUAUUUUUCACCGUACGUUCAUCUUUGUUUGAACUGGCGAAGAAGACCAAGUUCAAUUUAUGUCGCCAUAUCGUGGUUACUCUCAUCCUCCUGGUAUUCAUCAACCUCUUGGUAAUCUUCAUACCCUCCAUGAAGGAUAUUUUUGGAGUCGUAGGGGUGACGUCUGCCAAUAUGUUGAUUUUCAUUCUUCCUUCAUCUUUAUAUUUGAAAAUCAUAAGUCAAGAUGGAGAGAAAGGAACUCAGAGGAUUUGGGCCUCUCUCUUCCUGGGACUGGGAGUAUUAUUUUCCUUAGUAAGCAUUCCUUUGGUCAUCUAUGAUUGGGCCUGCUCAGCCAGCAACAGCGAAGGUCAUUGAAACCCCACUAGAAUGAAAAAAACCCUGCAUUUCUGUUGGAGGCUCAUCGAAGUCAACCCGCUUCUUCUUGGCCAGUUUGCACCAGCAAAAUGAGAUGUAAUAUUGAGAAAGGUUACACACCUUUUCCAAAUGGAAUCCCGUUCCAAUUUCAGUUGUAUCAGAAUCUCCUCUUGGAUCAAUUUAAAUAUUCCAUUGACUGCAUUCUCUGUUUUACCUAGCCUUUGUCCUUGUUGCUACUCACAAUCAAUUAUUUUUCAUUUUUUUACAUUCUGUUGUUCCAGAGGUAAUCUCUUGGACCUUUUGAAAACACAAUCUUCAAUCGCUGGAACCAGGGGACUGGUUUGCUUAUUCAGCUUAUUCAGUAACGGUUUUCCACUUGCUCUUCAGCUCACCCAAACUGUCCCUUUCUUGACCAAACUUAAUUUGUAUAAAUAUUUCACUUUGCUUUGACAAUGCCUUGGUAAAUAAUUAGCCUAUUUUGGAUCAGUGUAGCACACUAGGAUAUUUAGUGGGCAAAACCAGCGUCAACCUGUGAAAGCUAGCUAGUUGGGACGCGGGGUGGUGCGAAUAGCACACCGUAUCCCAAAGUAAUGGCGAGGGAACCCUCAAACCAGAUUCAAAUUUGGAUCAUUCUUUAAAACCCAUGUUGCAGUUGAUUGUCUUGGAAAAACAAUAUAAAUUAAUCUGGGGGCCCUUUUUGCCUUCCGUCAUAAGCAUUGAUCUGCUCCAGAUCAGUUCUAUCGCCCCAGAUGUCUUGGAAACCUGGGGGCUUCUAUGAUUCAAAGUGGCCAGCAUCGCUACACCCGUUUUUGUUUGAAAAAAAUAAUAAAAAGCAAACUGUCAAAAAAUCUAAUCCCAGCAGCUCUACUCAUCUCCACCAGCUUUGUCACUAACAAUAAUUGUUCAUAGAGAUCUAAUUAAGGAUGAUCUUGGAUGACUAAUUCCUGUUUUAUAUCAGAUACUUUUCAGGGAUCCUAAGAAAACUUCUUUUGUAUCUGUCUAUUUAGGUGAUGGGAAAACAAGAUUCUGUACCUUUUUUUUAAAAAAAAGCCUCAUUUUCUAUCUCUUCUCCAUUGAUUUUUCCAUCAAGAGUAAAUACAGAGAAUUCAAAGCUAUUUACAGUUCCAAUUCUGCCCUUCCAUAUUGCUUAAAAAGAACAGAAUGAAUGAAUGAACAGCAGAAUUUUAGAAACUGCUACAGGGUUAUCUGUUUACGGUCAGGAUUCAUUCAUUCAAUCGUAUUUAUUGAGCGCUUACUGUGUGCAGAGCACUGUACUAAGG